GAAAGAAGGACCAAAGAAGCCCUUAUCAGAGCCUAUCAACGAGGAAAGCUAACGAUUCACAGAGAGAGAGAGAGGGAGAGGUGACGCCAGAGAAAGCUUUUGAGGUUCAUAGAGACAGCGGUUUUGCGCUUUUCGAGGCCAAUUCAUCGGUCACUUGCUUCGGUACCACUCUCUCUAUCUCUCUCACUCUCUCUGUGCAUAUAUAGAAUAUAGAAUUCACAAACCCCAGGUCCGAUUUGCACUUCAGGUACACCGUGGCUGCUAGUAGGCUGAAAGAUGAGUACGCUGGAUGUAGCUAGGGCAGAACUUGGUCUUGUUGUUUUGUAUUUGAACAAGGCAGAAGCCAGGGACAAGAUAUGCAGGGCAAUACAAUAUGGUUCCAAAUACUUGAGUAAUGGAGAGCCUGGUACAGCCCAAAAUGUUGACAAAUCCACCAGCUUGGCACGGAAGGUCUUCCGUCUUUUCAAGUUUGUCAAUGACUUGCAUGCUCUUAUCAGUCCAACUCCGGCUGGAACUCCCCUUCCCCUUGUUUUGCUGGGAAAGUCCAAAAAUGCGUUACUGUCCACGUUCUUGUUUCUUGAUCAAAUUGUGUGGCUUGGUAGGACAGGCAUUUAUAAGAACAAGGAACAGGCUGACGUGAUUGGCCGCAUCUCUCUUUUCUGUUGGAUGGGUUCCUCGAUUUGCACCACUUUGGUUGAGAUUGGGGAGCUCGGAAGACUUUCUGCAUCGCUGAAGAAGUUAGAAAAGCAUCUUAAGAAUGAUGAUAAAUAUCAAAAUGAGGAAUAUCGUGCCAAGCUUAAAAAAUCAAAUGACAGGUCUUUGGCCCUAAUUAAAGCUGGCAUGGAUAUAGUGGUAGCUGUUGGGCUGCUUCAAUUGGCACCCAAGAAAAUCAAUCCCCGUGUAACUGGAGCCUUUGGAUUUGCUUCCUCGCUAAUCUCUUGUUAUCAGUUGCUUCCAUCGCCAGCAAAGUCCAAGGCAUCCUGAAAAGAGAAUCAUGUUUUCCUCAAUUGCUUCAAUGUCAUUCAAAUAAUUAUUUAGACCUAUGAGAUAAACUUGGUGUGAGCUCUAAGCAACUUGCCUCUGCUGUCACAGUUCAAUGUGUUCUUUCACAAUUGAAAUAUCACGUGGUUAUAUCUUGUUUCA